UGUCAACAAUUUGCUGGCAUGGCAAAUGGCAUCUGUUAUAAUUUCUUAGCGCAAUAGUAUAAAAGCAUCCUGUCUUCCUACCAAUUUAUUUUCACAAUCACAUCACAAAUAAUGCUUCUCUCCUUCCGAGUCGUCCUUGCCGUUGCUGCUGCUUUGACAGCGUCCAUGGCUGUUAGUGCUUGCCACACAGCUGGCGGCCUUUGCGCCACAAGCCACGAUUGCUGCCGUGGCUAUAAAUGCGUGUCAGUAGCGCUCCCAGAGCGUGACGAGGUGAGCAUGAGUAGUUUCAUCCAUGAUUUGUGGACUCACCGGCCGGGGCGUGAUAGGUAGGAGAGUACAUAUCUCUCUGUACGGUCGAAUGAGUUACAGUGAGUCAUGCUUUUGCUUUCUCAUUGGUGCAACGUGGUUAAUGACACCACACGUAGUAAGUAGUUUGUUGCAGAAAUGCUUACUUCUGAGCAAAUAUCACUGCUGCUCGGACAACGAAGAUCAUUAGGAUAGAGAAACAUCUUAAAACCUUGAAUGUAUGAUUUGUGACUGAAUUAAUUAUAUCACAUUGUUUUCUCCUC